GCCCUGAGGGCGGGCGCGGGGAAAGGCCCGGCACAGGGCUCUGGGUACGGCAUCGCCAAAGGAUGGGCUGUGCCGGGCGCGGAGAAAGGCCUGGCACCGGGCUGUGGGUAUGGGACACCAGCUCAAAUGAAUGUUGACCUGAAAGGUCGGGAUCUCCUUACUCUACAGAGCUACACAGCUGAUGAACUGAAGUAUUUGCUGUGGAUGGCAUCAGAUUUGAAACAAAGGAUAAAGCGCAAAGGAGAGUAUUUGCCUUUGAUGCAAGGCAAAUCUUUGGCCGUGAUUUUUGAGAAGAGAAGCACAAGAACAAGAUUAUCUGCAGAAACAGGAUUUGCUGUCCUUGGAGGACAUGCUUCCUUCCUUACAACACAAGAUAUACAUCUGGGCACUAAUGAGAGUCUCACAGAUACAGCAAGGGUGCUGUCCAGCAUGACAAAUGCAAUCUUGGCUCGAGUUUAUAACCAUAAUGAUCUGGACCUAAUGGCAAAAGAAGCCACAGUCCCAAUAAUCAAUGGAUUGUCUGAUUUAUACCAUCCUCUUCAGAUUUUAGCUGAUUACCUAACUCUUCAGGAGCACUAUGGAGGGCUGCAGGGGCUCACCAUGGCCUGGAUCGGGGACGGCAACAACGUCCUGCACUCCUUCAUGGUGAGCGCUGCAAAGCUGGGAAUGCACCUGAGGAUUGCCACUCCCAGGGGCUUUGAACCAGACCUCAGGAUAACUAAAAUAAGUGAACAGAACUCCAAAGAGUAUGGUACAAAGUUGCUUCUCACAACAGACCCUUUGGAAGCUGCAGACAGUGCAAAUGUCUUAGUCACAGACACUUGGAUAAGCAUGGGACAAGAGGAGGAGAAGAAAGAAAGACUAAAGGCUUUUCAAGGUUAUCAGAUUACAAUGCAGACUGCAAAAUCUGCUGCUUCCAACUGGACUUUUUUACACUGUUUACCCAGAAAGCCUGAAGAAGUUGAUGAUGAAGUAUUUUAUUCUCCACAGUCAUUAGUUUUCCAGGAGGCUGAAAACAGAAAAUGGACAAUUAUGGCUGUCAUGGUUUCCCUGCUGACAGAUUACUCACCACAGCUACAAAAACCCACAUUUUGAUGAUUGGAUUCCUGCCAGGAGAAAAAUAUUCCUCAUCAGCAGAAUAUUCUGGUCUGCAAACACAUAGAUCUUCUUCAUAAAGGACAAAGGCAAUGAGUGAUUUUUUUUAAAAUAAAACCAUAUAUUUAGCUGUAUAAUAUUGCAUUACAGUUCUGAAAAUGUUCAAGACAAUAAACACCAUUGCAGAAGCUGCUUUUCAUCUGGAUGCUCCCAGCUGGCCCUCCUUUUAGGGGAUCAGCAUCAUGGAAAACAUUCCAAGGUUGUACCUUAAUGGUUGGGUCUACCCCAUGCAUAGGCAUGGUAUAGUCUAGGUGUAGGUGUGGUGGCCUUGCACUGUGUGAUAUUGAUUUUUAUAAAGAUUUUUAGCUUUUUUCAUAUAUUUGUCGCUUUGUAGAUUUUUCAUAUAUAGUUGUAUAGUUUAUAGUGCUUUUCCUGCCCUCUCUCACAUUUUAGAACAAUAAGCUAACCCUUUCUAACACAUUCUUGAAAUUCUGUUUAGUCUUAUUCUCAAGAAGGGAAUUUCUAACAAGGACAUCUUGUUUUCCACCAGAAUUUGAGAGACAUAACAACACAUAGGACAAAAAAAAUCCCUGGACCAGCUCCAGAGGGGCAGAGCCAAGGGUGGGUUACUGGGGCAACUGAUCUCUGAUUGGAUGUACUGGCCAGAUGUACUAAUAAAUUAACUUUAUAAAAAUUAUACAAAUCCUGUAUCACAUGUGUGCAGAGCCAUUUUUGUGCACCUGAAAGCUUUCAUUAAAGAAUUGCUUUUUAGCUUACCACUCUUAUGUUGUUUGGAAAGUUUUGUCUUUUGAUUCCAGGCAGCAAUACAACAGACAUAAAAUUAAAUUGCUGAUCUUGGGAAGUGUGUGUGGAGCAGCAGUGCUGCAGUUUGCCUUGGCUGUCUGCAUUUCCUGGGCACCCUGGCUCCUGUUUCUGUUCUCCAGCCAACCUCCAAAUCCCACUCCUGUGUGACACCAAAAAUACAGAGAACUUGUGAGCAUUAUCCUCCUCCAUGAUAUUCCUGUGGGCUGGUGCAGGGGGAUACUGCUGUGGAAUUGGAAUAGAGCUGGAUGCAGCAAAGAGAGACAGCCAGAAGGAACUGGUUCAUUCUGUGCCCAUCUCCCCUAGACCUUCAUUCCCCAAACAGAAUUUUGGCUAAAGAAUUGAAUAUUCUAUUUUUUUUUCCCUAAGCAAACUCAAAGGGCACUACAUGAUGAAACUUCUACAGCUUGUUUGCAGAAAUUGCUGCAUUUUGCUUUGCACUGUAACACACCAUACAUUUUGGCUACUCCUUCUCUGUAGCAAACAAAUUCAUGACAUUUGUAGUUUUUGUGAUAUCUAGGUAUGUUCAUGUAAUAUUUCAGGUAAAGCUUUGAGUUCACUAUUAACAAACACCUUCUUUGUUGUUUCUAAAUAGUUUCACUUUUCUUUUUUUUCCCCCACUGUAAUACUGGGACAAUGUCUGUGAUAUUUUAAAAAAUUCUGCCAAUCGGUUUGCAUUUUCUGACCAGCUGCAAAACAUUAUUCAGUUCCUUUCCAAAUUGGAGUUCACUGCAGGGCCACACAUCACUGAAAUGAAAAUAAAGAUACUUUUUUUCCUAUGUA